AGAAAAUAAUACACAAUUGGCGACGGUGGUGCAGAGGUUCUCCGUGUGAUCCGAUCGAACGGAUUUGGAGACUAGGCAACUAGACGGAGACCAGGGCGACUUGGCCAAAUCCCCGUGCAGCGGGACUAAUGGCCGGCGACAUGUCCAUCGGCUGUGCAGCGCUGAAGCGAUCCAGCAAGCUGAGGUCCUGCACCAGUGCCGCCGACACGGACUCAAUGCGGGUGCCCAGUGACCACAGGGGCAGCGAAAACGGGAACAGCCUGGUGAAGCCGCCUCCAAUGCCGCCCCAGAAUAUGCGUGGCGGUCUGCGGGUCUACAAGAUUGUCAUCCUCGGCGACGGAGGCGUGGGAAAGUCAGCUGUCACCCUUCAGUUCGUGAGCCACAGUUUCCUGGACUACCACGACCCCACAAUUGAGGACUCCUACCAGCAACAGGCGGUCAUCGACAAUGAGGCCGCCCUGCUCGACAUCCUUGACACCGCCGGCCAGGUGGAGUUCACGGCCAUGCGGGACCAAUACAUGCGUUGCGGCGAAGGUUUCAUCAUCUGUUACUCGGUCACCGACCGCCACAGCUUCCAGGAGGCCUCCGAGUACCGGAAACUGAUCACCCGAGUGCGCCUGUCCGAGGACAUUCCGCUGGUUCUGAUCGCCAACAAGGUGGACCUGGAAUCGCAGCGCCGCGUCACCACCGAGGAGGGCAAGAAUUUGGCCAACCAGUUUGGAUGCCCCUUCUUUGAGACCUCGGCCGCACUGCGUCACUACAUCGACGAGGCGUUCUACACGCUGGUCCGCGAAAUCCGACGCAAGGAGAUGCAGAAGGCCCUGGGCACGGACUCCAACUCGGAGAAGAUCCAUACGGGUCGAAGGAGCCGCUGGUGGCGCAUCCGAUCCAUCUUCGCUUUGGUGUUUCGGCGCAGGCGAAACCUCAACUAGGCCCAGGAUGGCCAGGAUUUCUUUGAACGAGUGCAAUAUUAUUAACCACACAAGAUACGAGUAACUUUUGUUCGCUAUAUACAAGCCGUGUUGUAUAUAGCACAACGCCCAUCAAGAUACAACCUACAAGAAUUUACACCGAUCGAGGAGGAAAACUAAUUGUUACGGCCACAGUGCGUUUAUUUAUUAUUUGUUACAAAACUAUCUAAAGUACUUGUUGUUGGCCAGAGAGGAUAGCGAGGCGAUAGAGUAUAUCAAUACGUUUAAGCACCGAUCCAAAAGAUACAUAUUAACAAUGCACGUACAUAUGUUUAUGUAGUAAAUAUUACUAACGUUGAUUCCUAGACGAGAGCGAUUAAGGAAGUGUGGCAAUUGGCCAAAGCUCAAAAGCAUUUAAAUUCAGCAAGAUCGAGUGAACUACUAUCUGAUAACUCUGAAUCCUAGCCAGGAGAUUAACCCAAAAGCCAGUUGCCAAGUGAGCAGAGCAGAGCUAAGCGGAUUAGGAGAAGAUUUUUAAACUUAUGUAUGUACGUAUUUACCCAGAAGACACGCACAUGACAUGACGACACAAGCAACACAUUUAACUAAUCGAAUAAAUGUUGAAUUUAAUGUA